AUAGACGACUUGCAGAAUAGUGAAGAGAGGUAGACAUGGGAGGAGAGAUGGAGAUGAGAGCCCAGGAAGACAUAGACAUGGGAGAGGACAUAAUAUCCCCAAUCCCACCCCUCGCCUUCUCCCUUCACGACUCUUUCCUCUCCACUCACUGCUCCGCCUGUUUUCGCCCUCUUACUGAUAAUAACAAUAACAAUAAUAAUAAUAAUAAUACUCUUCUUCUUCUUCGCUCCUCUCCCUCUCCUUCCCCUCCUCUUCUCCCCGCCAAUUUUACCAAUCUCUCUUCCUCCUCCUCCUCCUAUGUUCUCUACUGCUCCCCACAGUGCUCCGCCACCGACUCUGAUCUACACGUGUCGAGCGGAGAGUACCACCUCCUCCACCUCUUCCAAUCGGAGCCCACCAACUGGACUGACGACACCUCCGACCUCCGCACCUCUCUACGCCUCCUCCUCUGCUUCGAGAGGCUAGGGCUCCUCUCCCGCCACCAAAACCACCAUUACCAACCUAACAGGAUCCCUAGCAGAAUCGCUGGUUUGAUCAGUAAUCGCGAUCGAGUGGAAGGUGGCGACCCCCAUUCCGACGAUAUGUUCGCAAAGAUCCGCCAAGGCGCAAGGUUGAUGUCUCUUGCCCGAAGAACGCGAGACCACCCACCCUCCACUCCCACUUCCACUGCGAGGGUACAGGAACAUGAACAUGAACACGAACUUGAGGAGUUUGUUCUGUGCCAGGUGCUAAUGAAUGCCGUGGAGGUGCAGGUUAAAGAGGGUCGCUCCCUCGGUGUAGCAGUCUACGGACCGGGUUUCUCCUGGAUCAAUCACAGCUGCUCUCCUAACGCCUGUUAUCGUUUCCUCCCAGCUGGGUCCGAGAUGCAGGCUUGCGGUGAGUCAGGGUCUCGCAUUGUCCCCAGUGGUGAUGAAGCUCUUUUGAAGACAUGGGUUUGUGAUGAGAGCAAAUUCAGCCUAGGAUGGUGUGGAUAUGGCCCGAGAAUUGUUGCGAGGAGCAUCAAACCAAUCAAGAAAGGAGAGGAAGUGUUCGUGACAUACACUGACUUGUUGCAGCCUAAGGCAAUGAGGCAUGUGGAGUUGUGGUUGAGGUAUCGGUUUAUUUGCAACUGUAGGAGAUGUAGUGCAUCACCAAAUGCAUAUGUGGAUUGUAUUUUGCAAGAUAAUGUUCAUAUCAACCAUGGGGCUACCAACUCAAUUUCAGAAAAUGGCUUCUGCAGUGAUGAGGCAUACGAAGAUCUCAGUGAUUUUGUGGAUGAAGCUAUAAGUGAAUAUCUGUCAGUUGGGGACCCUGAAUCUUUGUGUGAUAAGCUGGAGAGGAUGCUCAUCGAAAAUCUGCAGAGUGGGCAUUUGCAACCAAAGGGGCUUCCAAAUUUGAAGUUGCAUCCCCUUCAUUAUCUCUCUCUGAAUGCCAAUAUCAGUCUGGUAUCUGCUUAUAAGGUACGAGCAGGUCACUUACUGACUCUCCAUUCAGAAAUGGGCAAUCAUCAGUUGGAAGCUUUUGACAUGAGCAGGACCAGUGCAGCAUAUUGUCUGUUGCUUGCAGGGGUAACCCAGCACUUGUUCCUCUCUGAAACUUCCUUGAUUGCAACAGCUGCUAAUAUCUGGAUUGAUGCUGGAGAGUCCUUGUUGAGUCUCUCUAGAAGCUCAAGUUGGAGUUUAAUCAAUGAACAGUCCCUGCCUCAUUCAGAUCUUCAAUCAUCCCUUCACAGUAGAUGCAGCAGGUGCAAAUGGAUGGACAAAUUGGAAAUAAUUUCAGCUUACCCUUUGUCUCCUAGUAUCUCCAGACAGGCAGAGUUUGAAGAGUUAUCUGAAUGGUUUCUUGAUUGUGUCUCAAGGUUUUCACCACGGGUUUGGCCUUUCUUGGUUCAUGGACAUCCUUUCCUUAGACAUUUUAUUGAUCCUGUUGAUUUUGAAUGGCUUGGAAUGCCUAGAACUUCCACACUCGGGGAUUAUCGACCUCGUAUAGGUGCCACUGAUGUCCGUCUUGAUUAUGGGGAUGAACGAAGUUGUGGUGCCUGUACAUGUGAAGGGGAGUGCACUGAUGGAGAAAGGUCAGAUAUCUUUCAUUUUGGUGCUCAUUGUUUACUCUAUGGAGGGUAUCUAUCUAGUAUUUGUUAUGGUUAUCAUGGCUCUUUGACUCGCUAUGCUAGAAAUGUACUUUGUGGAGAAAAUGUGACUUGGUAACUAUUUUCAAUCAAG